UCCGAAGACGGUCCUUAGACACUUGACUCACUCAUCAUGAAGGUUACUAUGUUCCUGUGCCUUUUGGCCGUUGCCUUGGCAGAACCUGAGCCCUACUAUAACCCGCAGGUGCUGGCCGGUCACCCUCUACACUACAGCCAUCCCUACGGAUUCCCACUCAUCCACAACCAGGGCCUACCCCUGACCUACAGCAAUCGAUUCCCACUCACCUACGGUCACGACCUCCCUCUCACCUACAGCAACAGAUUCCCACUCCCUUACAACCAGGGACUCGGUUAUCCCUUCGGCCCUAACUUCUACCCAAGGGGAGUACCAGCAGCAGCUGCAGGUGCCCAGGAUUAAGUAGCUUAAUUAAAAAUGAUGUGCUAAUAUUUUCCUAAAUAAAUGUGACUACUGAACAGUAA